GUCGUCGUCGUCGUCGUCGUCUUCGUCUUCGUCGUCGCCUUCCACAGGCGGUGACCAUGACCGCGGCCACAAUUCCAAUCAUUCUUCCUCCCUGGGCGACGCACACCGUCAACACUACAACGACGCUGGCAGGAGGCCGAUGCGACCUCGUGGUAGUACCGGUGCCUAUGUUGAAGAACCCCUCGUCCCUGCGCUGCUCUAUGUCACCGUAGCCGGUAUGGCCGGAUCGAUCAUUGCACGCAAGAGCAAUUUUGUCUUCCGAUUUCUCUCUCCCCUGGCAUUGGCACUUGGCGCUUCGGCGUACUGCAUCCCCAGGACCACGAACAAUGUCCUGCACGGACUGCGCACAUACGACUACCGCGAGAUGACUCGUGAAUGGCAGCACAAGUACGAACACGCGAAAUCCACUGUCGUCGGCACCACCCAUAGUCUUACCAACGUUGCAGGGUCCGUCGCCACUGGCGCCAAGGACGCCGUGCACGAUCUUUCCGACAAGACAUCCGAGAUGAAGGAAAAGACAGAAAAGGUACUCACUGAGGCCAAAGACAAGACCGUCGAGGUCGCCCAGGAGGUGAAGGAGAAGGGCCAGGGCGCCGUCAAGGAGAUGAAGAACAAGGGCCAAGAUGUCGCGAACGAGGUUAAGGUCAAGGGCCAAGACGUCGCGAACGAGGUCAAAGUCAAGUCCAAGGACAUGGGAAACCGGUUCGAGAAUGCGAAGGAUCAGGUCAAGGAUCAGGUCGAGGAUAAGGCCGACAGCACCAAGGACUGGUGGAACGCUCAGAAGGGCCAGGCCGAGAGAUCUGCCAAGGACUUCAAGCGCUCAGCACGCCAGAGUGGGGAGCACGCCCGCGACUGGGCCGAGGACACUGCUGAGGACACGCAUGAUUGGAUGCGUGAGAAGAAGGCCCGCCUUGGUCAGCAUGGUUAUGAUAGGGAUGACGUCGAGCACGGCUUUGAUAAGCUUCGAAACAAGGCCCGUCAGAGCUGGGACUCUGCGCGCGACGAAGCCCAGGAUGAGUGGCCACACGCCGAUGCCCGUCGCCGUGAAAUGGGUCGCGACUUCAAAGAUUAUGGACGGGAUAUGCGCCGUGGUGCUGAAAACAUGAAGGACCAGGCCCAGGACUGGGUUCAGGAUCGUUCCCAUGAGAUGCGCGAUCGAUAUGAAGAUAUGAAGGACCGUGGCCAGGAUUGGGUUCAGGACCGUCGCCACGACUUUGAGAGGAAGGGCCGUGAGGCCGAGGGAGAAUAUGACCACGCACGCACAGAGGCCAAGAGACGCGGACGUAAUGCCUGGGAUCGCACCGAGGACCGUGCCCGAGAUGCUGGACAUGAUCUUCGUGAUCGAGCCGAAGAUAUGCAGGACCGGGGCCGCCGUGGGGUGCGCAAAUUCGAGGACGAGUGGGACAAUGCCCGCUCUCGAUCCCGCUCGGGUGAGCAUGGUGCUGGCUCUGGUGCUGGUUGGGGAUUCACUGGACGCUCUGGUGAGGACAAUGGUAACAGACGUGGCCGCUAUGAGGAGCGCGAUGACCAUGAUGGACGACGCUUCUCAGACUCGGAAGCGCCUCGUCGUUCAGUGACCGAGGCUGCCAGGGAGGGCAAGCAUUGGUGGCAGAAUAAGAACCCAUCAGACUCUUACGAGUCGUAUGACAACAGCAGGCCCUCUUCUGGCACGCAGUCGUCAUGGUGGAAGGCCGGAUCUGAUUCCAAGGAGCAGGCCAAGUCCGAGUUUGGACAUGCUAAGAACCAUGCCCAGCGGGGCAUGGGUCACUUCAAGGACUCUGUCGAGGAAAAGGCCCAGGGAGGUCGUGCAUGGUUCGAGGACAAGACUAAUGAAGCGAAGCACCGGUUUGAGAACGGCAAGAAGCAGGCUGAGCAUGAGCUCCAUGAUAAGUUUGGACGGAGCGGUGCUGGUUACCGCGGCGAGCAGGGACGCGACUUUGGAGGACUCGACCGUGAUCAUGGAUCGGUUUAUUCACAAGACAACUGGUUCCAUUAUGACCGUGGCCAAGAUAAUAGGGCCUCUGCUGACCGCGGCAGAGAGAGAGGCAUGUAAAGGGUUGGGAUACUUCCCAGAUGUAGUUUAAAACGUCUUUAUCAUUAAAUCGAAACCACUAUUGUAUUUAAG